AAUUGUGUACGCUUUAGUGGCUUUGUAGAAAUCCAUGCAUUGAAUCGAAAGUCAGCCAUGUAAAUGCAUCCCUUGUGCAAAAUAUUACUUAAAUGAAUACCAGGUUCUUGACAUUUUUGUGGUGACACUCAUUUGUUCCCCAUCGCAAAAAAUAUUCGAUAUCCAAAAUAGAGAAACAAAUUCUCCGCGACAAGACGGCUAUUUUAAAAAGUUUCCAGCCCGCCAGGAACCGCCACACCCUCCCUUCCCAGGUGAGUCACAGGUGAGGGGCCCGAGCGAGGCUAGACAGGUACGCGAUACUCCCAACACAACAUGCAGUCCGCAAGGAGGGGCGACUCCUGGUUGUUUUCCGAAACUUUGUGCUUCUGAGGACUUGUGAGGACUUCUGAGUGGAAGGGCCAUUUCCUAGGCGGUGGUGGCGGUGACGGAAAAGUGAAGUAAUACUCGAAAGUGGAGAGAUCCCGUAAAGUAAUAAGAACGGUGGAGGUGAUUGUGUGAAGGAGAAAUGCGGUUGAAGAAAUCGAGGAACGUUGUGUAGAGGCACCUCAAGUAUUGCUGUGAAAGAACAGUAGUUAGAGUCGGAAUUAUUGGUCGAUGUGGAGAACGACCGUGACCGAUUGCUUUCCGAGACUCUAGCGGGAACUCUCCCUGAGCGAGUAGGGUGUGGCGCGGGUGGACGAAGGGCACCUCUCCUCUGCUUGCCCAGCUGAUUUAUCACAACAAAGAUGGUGGUGCCCCCAAGAGACCGUCGCACCACGGCGGGGUGGUGGGCCAUCGGCUUCCACGUCCUGGCCUUCGUCCUUAUUUGCAUCAGCAUGUUCACAACCUAUUGGCUCCAGGCCGAGAACAAGGCCUAUGGCACGGCCGUGGAGAGCGUGGGCCUGUGGACGCAGUGCUUCAGAUCGUACACCACGCGGGAGGACGUGCAUAAAGAGCGCUUCUUUGUAGGGUGUCGCUGGAUCUUCGACCCCUUCACUACGGGGUACGAGGAGGUCCAGGGAGACUUGCAGUCACCAUUCUUCGUCACAGUCCAGGUCUUCUACACCUUCUGCUUCACGUUGUCACUGCUUGGCGCUGGUCUCACGGGCGUUCUCAUCCUCUGUCCUGGUGAAGAUUUUGAGAAAUACGUCUUGAAGCUGGCCUACAUUGACCUCUUCAUCUCAUGGUUCUUUGGCUUUAUUGCUGUGAUAGUCUUUGGAGCUAUGGGUGACAACCGUGACUGGAUGCCCCAUUGGGACCACAAUCAUCUUUCUUGGUCCUUUGGUCUCGCUGUGGUGGGUGUUGUAGCAGAAUUUGUUGCAGCUGUUCUCUUCUGGGUUGAGUACCGCAUCCAGAAGCGAAAGGAGUCCUAUCGCCAAAGCCAUGGAGUUUUCACACUAGAAGGGGGAACCAAGAAUUAAGAAGCCUCUCAGAGCCUAUUUAAAUGUUGCCAAGGAACACACUGCAGCUUGUCUGCAUAUCCCCUUCCCCAGUACUUGACUCAGAAGGAAGGGAAGGUACAUUUCCUGUCCAUCAAUCUAAGAAGUAUUUCUCAGAAUAAUAUUAGAAGACAGGAUUUGUUCUUUGGAAAACUGUCGUACAUUUCAGCAAAGAGAGCUUGGAAGGGUCAGGAAGAGAUGCCACGGCCAACACACGCAAAGUGUUCUCUUUUGAAAAGUGACCAGGAUGAAUCUAAGUCUAGGUUUUAUGGUAAUUGAGACUGUGCAUUGCAAAGAAUUUGGUAGUACUCUGUCAUAGUUCUAUGCUCAAUUUAGUUCAGUUAAAACCACUGUUAAAUUCUCACUAAGGUGUGGCAUCAUUAUUAUUAUCUUUUUUUUUUUUUUUUUUUUUUUUUUCCCCCUCCUCCUCCUCCUCCUCCUCCUCCAUAUAUGUACUAAAUGUCUAGGGACUGCAUACCAAAGCAAUUUUCCAGUCAAUCAUAGGUGAACUUGAGUGGCAAUUCCAGGAGGUGGCGAUAUUUUGUAGACAUUUUACUUAACAUUUUCAUUAUUUUGUAUUGUUACAUGGUCUUGAAAGCAACACUUUCAGAAAAGUUUGAUUUUGAUAUGUAUUUCUGUGCUAGACUUACAUAUUGAGUAUGGAGUCAAGACCAGAUCUAUACACUGAGAUAUUGGACCUUUUUUUUUUUAUAUAUAUAGAUGUUAGUUGUAUUUCUUUGAGCCAAUAUUUUCUUUGGCUACCUGUCUGUCUUGUGUUUUAGCAAAGUAAGUGUCUUUGAUGAGGUUUUGUCCAGAACAUUCCAGUGGUACCUCAAAGCAACUCAUUCCGUCCAAUUUUUGGCCUUUUAAUACUGUUUGCAUUCGAUGGCUGUGUCCAUAAGAGGUUGGUUGUUCAUAAGAAAGAAUAAUUCAUGCUCUUUAUAGCUGGACUAGAAUAAACAUUUCUCCCAGAAAUGUUUGAUAAAGAUAAUAUUUAUGAUUAAUAGCAUUUCUUGUGUGUACUAGAGCUUUUUCUCAUGCUCUUUGCAUUAAAAAAGGAACAAUAUGUAUUAUCUUUGUUGCCAGCAUGUAUGUUGAACAUUGAUUAAAUAUUUUUAAUAUACAAUGGAAAUUAAAAUAUUUUCUAUUUUCAUAUCACAAAGUUGUUUUUGCACAAGGAAAUUUUAGUGCCAAUGAAAAUAUUUUGACUUCUGCUGCAGCCAAGAUAAAGUAUAUUUUAUACUGUUGUGAUAACAUAUCACAAAUACCAAUAAAAGUUCAAAGUUCA